GUGAAAUCAAAGUUGAAGUGAAAGUUCCGUCCACAUCCUUCUCUGGACUCUACUUUGUCUUCUCCACAUUAACUUCAACUACAACCAAGUGUCACUAUACAUUUUAACGCAAGGGAUUAAAAACUUUGAACUGAACUUAAGUAUGUCUGAGUAAUGUCGGCUCAACCAGGAAUCAAGUGGGAGGGGGCAGAGGAUGAAGGGCGGAGGAUGAAGAGGAGAGAGAAAAACAGAGUCGCGGCUCAGAAAAGCAGAAAAAGACAAACUCAGAGAGCUGACCAGCUUCAUGAAGCCUGUGAACAUCUGGAGCAGAGAAACAGAAAACUCCGGCAAGAGGUGGAUUCUCUUUCUAAAGAACAACGUCUCCUCUCAGAAGCUCUCUGCAGUCAUGAACCAUUCUGUCCCAUAAUGCACUGCUCCUUCUCCUUGACCUCCUCCAGUCGGCAGGAAGACAAUGUGGUUGCUCUGUCCCACUGAGGAGUAAUGAUUUUCCAGUUUGUACUAUGUAAAGUGAAUA